AUGAAUUCACCGAAUGUGAGUACUCGCCAGCUACACGUUCGGCAGUGCGUCCGCAGUAUUCGCCGUGUUCUCCACGCACCCAUUCGAGCUGCUAAAAGCUCACUUACAGACGUCCAAGCGAGAAAAAAUAGGACUCUUCACUGCCAUGCUACCAAUCCUCCAACAACAGGGAGUCUACAAACUGUAUCAGGGCAUCUCUGGGGCAGUCAUGAGAGAGGAGGGCACGCACUCGACCACACGAUUUGCAGUGUACCACUAUCAAAAGAUGGCGCUGUUUGUUGGAACGACGGCAAUUCGAUUUCGACGGGACACAACGUCUUACUUGGAAUGACUGGUAGGGUCAUUGGUGGUAUGGUGGGUAAUCUAGUAGAUAUUGUGACCAUUCGCAUGCAGGUAGACAGUCAAUUGCCUGCAGCGAAAAGACGCCAUUAUAAACACGUAGUAGACGGACUAAUCCGAGUUGAGAAGGAAGAGGGACCCGCAGCGUUAGUGCGCGGCAUUCGACCCGAUGUCGUUCGAGCCAUGAUGCUUACGAGAGGACAAAUAGCAGUCUUUGAUUUGGUCAGAUCAACAAUUUUCACGAAGCAUACGGUAUUGAAACAUGCCGAUUUCAUGACCUACGUAAUGGCUGGUAUGGUGGCCGGACUAGUGGCUACUACAGCUUGUGCCCCGGCUGGUGUGGGGAAGACGAGGUUGAUGAACAUGCACAUGAACGAGUAUAAAAGUGCCACAGACUGUUUGGUACAAGUGGUCAAGCUCGAAGGACUGCGAAGGCUGCACAAGGGGUGUCUACCAGCGUAUGUGCGGCUCGGAGCACAGACGCUACUGACAUUUGUGUUUCUGGAACAAAUAGCCAAUCGUCUUUUGUAG